CUUCUCACUAAACUAUUAUUGCCAAAAAUUAAAGAUUCACAACCGGCACGUAUAGUAAAUCUUGCCAGUCAUGCUCAUAGAAUUGCUCCUGAGGGUGGAAUUCAAUUCGAGAAAUUAAACGAUCCAAAUGCCACGGACUCAUUGUCACGUUAUGGUCAAUCAAAACUUGCAAGUAUUUUGUUCACUAACGAAUUGAAUAAACGAUAUCUUGAAGGAGAGCAAGUAUAUGCAAACUCUCUUCAUCCAGGUGUUGUAGAUACAAGUUUGAUAAGAGAAAACAAAAUAACUUUGUCGGAAACUAUUGCUUCUCAUCCAAUCUCACGUGAUGAUGGAGCUAUUACUACCUUAUAUUGUGCUACAAGUCCAGAAAUCGAAGAAAAAAAUUAUCGUGGAAAAUAUUUUGAACCAUUUGGUAAAGAAAGUAGACGAUCUUCAUAUGCUGAAGAUGAUGAUUUGGCUAAAAAACUUUGGGAAUUUACAGAGAACUUGAUAAAUGACAAAUUUAAAAAUUAA